AUGGCGCCUGUAUCCGAAUCAUCUGGAGACAUGACGUCUGAAACCAGUCGCUACAGUAUGCAUAGAAGCCUUGCCAGUGAGCCUCACAUGGUCGACCACGCAAAAGGAUCAUAUCUCUAUCUUUCGAGCGGUAAGAAGAUCCUGGAUGGAUGUGGUGGUGCUGCAGUUGUCUCAGUAGGACAUGCUGAUGAUGGGAUCGUUGCUGCACUGAAAGAUCAGCUUGAGACCGUUCAUUAUGUUCACACUCUGGACUACACCACCAGGGCUGCGGAAGCGGUAGCAAAUCAGAUGCUAAAGCCAUACAAGGGGACACUGGCAAAAGCCUAUUUUGUGAAUUCCGGAAGUGAAGCUAACGAGGCCGCAAUGAAGAUGGCUGUUCAGUACUUCUACGAGACCGGAAAGCCACAAAAGACUGAGUUCAUAUCCAGAUUACAAUCUUAUCAUGGUAACUGUCUAGGUGGGCUUUCUCUCAGUAGUCAUGUCUCAAGAAGGGCACCCUUUGAAGGGGUUUUGAGCGAUCACGUUCACUUUGUUAGUCCUGCUAAUGAGUACAGGUACAAGGCAGAAGACCAGACAACUGCGCAAUAUGUUGAGCAAUUAGCCAAUGAACUAGAAAACAAGAUUCUGGAAAUUGGACAGAACAAAAUUGCAGCUUUUGUUGCAGAGACAAUUGUGGGUGCUACUUCUGGAUGUAUGACUGCUCCUGCUGGUUACUUUAAAGCUAUCAGAGCCGUGUGUGAAAAAUACGAUGUACUCUUGAUUCUAGACGAAAUAAUGUGCGGCUCGGGUAGAACUGGAACUUUCUUUGCCUGGGAGCAGGAAGAUGUGGUUCCGGAUAUUGUCACAUGUGGAAAAGCGUUGUCGGGUGGAUACGGACCUCUGUCUGCCUGUAUUUGUACUCCGAAGAUAAUCGAAGGUUUGGAAAUGGGCUCCAAAGCAUUCAAUAACGGGCACACCUAUCAAGCAUUUCCCCUGAGUUGCAGAGCAGGUCUGGCUGUUCUCAAAAAAGUUGAGGAAGAGAAUCUUUUGAAGAAUGUGAAGUCUAAAGGUCAAUAUUUGUCCUCUGAACUGAAGAAGGCACUCAAGGACUCUAAGAUUGUGGGCAACAUCAGGGGACGUGGAUUAUUUUGGGGAAUAGAGUUUGUUUCAGACAUUUCAACCAAAUCUCCAUUUGAUCCACUAUUGAAGGUUGGACCAACAAUACAAUCCAUGGCUUGGCAAUCUGGUGUUGCAGUUUAUCCGGGUACGGGUACUGUCGACGGAAAAUUUGGAGACCAUAUUUUGAUUUCUCCUAUGUUCAAUGUGACUGAAGAGGAGAUUGACAUUAUUGUUUCUGCAGUCUCAAAGAGUGUCUACGAAUUUGAAAACUCUUUAUAG